AUGAGUUUUCCAACGAGCAUCAGCGCCGGCGACCUCACUGCUGCGGGAGCAAGUAAAAGUUUACGUGCCAGAAGUUCAACCGUUUGGAGGAACAACAAGUCUUCACGUGAAGAGGAUGACGAAGAAGCUCUCAAAUGGGCUGCUCUCGAGAAGCUCCCCACCUACAACCGUCUAAGGAAAGGGUUGUUGACAACAUCACAUGGAGCUGCAAACGAAAUCGAUGUCACUGAUCUUGGUUUCCAACAGAAAGCAAAUCUUCUUGAGAGGUUGGUCAAAGUAGCCGAAGAGGACAACGAGAGGUUCUUGUUGAAGUUCAGGGAGCGUCUUGACAGAGUUGGGCUUGAUCUUCCAACCAUUGAAGUUCGAUACGAGCACUUGAAUAUUGACGCAGAGGCUUUUGCGGGAAGUAGAGCCCUGUCUUCUUUCAUCAACUCUGUUACCAAUGUCAUAGAGGGAUUUCUUAACUUGCUACAUAUUGUCCCAAGCAAAAAGAAACACGUUACCAUUCUUAAAGAUGUCAGCGGGAUUAUUAAACCUUGCAGGAUGACACUGCUUUUGGGUCCUCCCAGUUCAGGAAAGACCACACUCCUCUUGGCCUUGUCUGGAAAGCUUGAUGAAAGUCUUAAGGUUAAACCACUUCUUAAGACCAAACUCCUCUUGCUAACACUUUUCACCAAAACAAGCUCUUUUUAAUCUGUUUUUCAGUAAAAUAGGAAAACCAAAACAAAAUAUAUAUAUAUAUUCUAUCUUUGGAUUGUAUUUGAUUAUAUCGGAAGCGCUUAGAAGAUUCGAAACCAGCGUCUCCAGAAGCUCCUUCUCAGCGACAGAUCUUCAAACUAAGAAUCGUCGUGAUCGGCGCCGGCCUUUCUUUCCUACACCAUCAAUUCCAUUCCAGAGGACCUGUUUGGAAGCAGUAGUGGCGUCACUCACCGGCCAUCCGAACAAUGCAGGAUCCGCGGACGAAGUUCUGGAAACCAUCUAAUCAACGCACUUCUGCGUGAUUUCGAUCGUUUCCGACAUAGGCAUCAAGGAGUCACAAGAUUUUAGGGUUUUGACGGAGUCCUUGAGGCUCUUAAGCACGUGCUACGAGAGGAACCUCUUGGUCUUGGAAACGAGGUUGUAUUUGUUAGCAAAAAUCAAAGAUGAAGUUUUGAUGAUGAACAGAU